UGAUCAAAAUUCUCGUCCAAUCAAAUCACUGAUCUAAUGGAGCCUCAGUUUGUGGUCGAAAGGGAUUGCAGUGCUUUGGGAGGACUCUUCCAGAUCAUCAUCAAUGACAUGAAGUCGGGAACCGGCAAUUGGGAUGACUUCGUGGUUAAGGCCAACAAAUUUCAUACACAACUCAAAGCGACCAUAUCUGCUUCGACAGCAUUUCUCGAUGCCUUCCAGAAGAUCGCUGAUAUGGCCACCAGUACUAGAGGCGGCACUAAAGAGAUCGGAACCGCUUUAACGCGUCUAUGUCUUCGUCACCGUUCAGUUGAAGCGCGCCUCAAGACAUUCACGUCGUCUAUAAUGGAUUGUCUGGUUCUGCCCCUUCAGGACAGGAUUGAAGAGUGGAAGAAGACUUGCGGACAGUUAGACAAAGAGCACUCCAAAGAAUACAAGCGAUUGCGUCAAGAAUUGAAGAAAAAGCAAACCCUUGACCCCUCACACGCCUUAUACGCCUCCACUUCUAAUACAUUGAGAUUAAAGAAACACGUGAGGAAUAAAAUGAGAAUGGAUUCCAACAAUUGGAAUAGUCUUCACUCGAUGUCCAGAUCUAUGGACUCAAUGGAAGCAAAUGAAAAGCUCUUCAUAUUUGAGGAGAUGGAGAAGAAGGCUGUCCGUCGGGCACUCAUUGAAGAGAGGAGUCAUUUCUGUUUGUUUGUCAACUUUUUGCGUCCAGUGGUUGAGGAAGAGUUAGCAAUGCUUCAGGAGGUGACACAUCUCCAGGAAAUACUGGACUCUCUGUGCAAAAUCACUGCCGAUCCCUACUCUCUGCCCACUGCCAGUGAAUUAGUCAUAUCGGACCUAAGACUGAGCACAUCGGAUACGGUAGCCUUCUCUCUACAGACACCUCCCAGCAGUCCCUCGUCUUUCGGUUCCCGCAAAUCCAGUAUGUGUUCGAUCAGCAGUUUUAACAGCUCUUCAAGUGGUAGCACUCACUCGCCUUCCCAUCACUGCCGAUACCGUUCCCUCUCACAGGUUUCGAGUCUCUCUGAGCAAAGCAGUGGCAGUACUUCGAGCACAUCAAGCAUUCCGGCCUCUAAUAAACGUAAUGAUCCCACCCUUAGAUCCCAUAAUAUGGUUUCCAUUCUUAACACUCAAAACAAUCACAAUUCAACUACUAUUGUAGUGCAAACCCCCAACAAUCACAGCAUUACUGAUAGGCCAGACCUUCCGUCUCGCGCUGUCAUCCCAGACAAGCCUUCAAUUCCGACCAAACCAUACACUUUUAACUGCGGCUCAAAUCAAUGCCAAACCACUAGUGAUUCGUCCCUAUACUCAGAAUCGCAUCCUAUAUAUGCCAACUCUUUGGAUCUAAUGAAUGAUGAGUCGAAUGUCGCCUGUUCUGAGGGAUCCAUUACUCCGACAAAUGCCGACAGAUCUAACAGUCCUACGAAUGAACUCUUAUCUCAAAGCAAAAGCUCUUUAAGUGCGUCCACUCUAACCAUUACCCGUUCAUCGAAACCUCCGCCUCCGCCCCCUCAGCGGCGCACGUCUACCCUCUCCAACCCAAACGCUAUAACUUUAGGCACUUUGAAGACCGCUGGCUAA